AUGGCCAUUUUCGACCUCGUUUUUCGAAACAGGGACCAGGAGGUCCCGGUCGUGGACGAGGAGGCCAAGGGCCCUCACUUCACUGUCUUCUCGAGUCCCAAGUCCUCUCAACCGAAUAGUGAAUCCUCAUCUGGCUUUGCAACACCCACAGAAGAGAAGAGCCUCGCUCCCCUGGGAAGAUGUCCGGAGAUCGGUCGGCUGGCCUCCUGGCGAGGCGCGCUGAUCCUGCUGGUGACCUCGGGCUCCCAAUUCCUCGAUAACGUGUACAUGACCAGCGCCAACGUCGCUCUCUCCUCGAUCCAAAAAGACUUCGACGUGACCAGCACAAACCUGCAAUGGAUGAUCUCCGCAUAUACCUUGACGUUUGGCGGCUUCCUGCUUCUUGCCGGCGUGCUCUCCGAUCAGUAA